AUGGCUGCCGCCGCGCCCGUCUCCGUGCCACUUAAGGACACCCACAUAUCGAGGGCAAGGAGGGUGAAGGUUGCGGCCUGUCACACGUGCGACGGAGGACCCGCGCUUGUUCGUGCCCGUGGCUCCUCCAGCUUCGACCUUGGUGAGAUCGACGAGCGUGCUCAAAAAGCUUGUUCCAUGUUACAUGCCUGUGCUGUGCACGCUCCUGAGCCCUCGUGUGUUGUGACCACCACGGCCCUUGCCCCUGCAUUUCAGGGCAACAUGCUGUGGAUGCAGCCCAAGCUGCCAGCCAAGCUGGCGCGGAUCCGGGCAUUUCAUGAAACGGCAAGCUUCGCAAUCACCUGCGGAAUCUCAGGCCACGGUGCCCUUGCAGAAGCCGGGCCCCGCCGCAAGGCCCGCGUGGGUUUGCAAAGCCUGCCUUUGUCAUGCUCUGGAAAGUUUUUGCUUCAGCAGGUCCUUCGCUCCAGUAGCCAGCGCGACGAAGACCGUCGUGCACCCACCCAGGUGGACACGUGGGGAUAUCCGGACAGCGUCACGAUUAGACACUCUGAGCCCAUGGCUGCCACCGCGCUGGUGGGGCCGGACUUCGCCGUACCGUUGGAGAAGGGCGUCGAGAAGCUCACUCCAGCGGAGGUCUUCGAGCUCAUGUCUGCCAAGAAGUGCGUGCUCCUCGAUGUUCGCGAUGCUGAUCGCGCAGCUGGCUGCAUCGAGGUCGGCGGGUGGGUGCUGGGUGCUGCUGGGAAGUAUCAGGCGGACACGCUCGUCUUCCAUUGCCUGUACUCCUUGCACCGCGGCCCUCAGCCGGAAGCCGAGAUGAAUGGGGCGUUUCGCGGCAUGUCGUCAGCUUGCAAGAUCGUCGUUCGCCUCGAGCAUCUCUGCAUAUCUCUACUCGCCUUCGCUGCAAGGUGCGCAAAUUGGUACCGCAAGCAGGCGGACCUGAAGCAGCCGGGGCCUGAAAGGAUCCGGACGGGCCUGUGCCAUGAGGCAUGUCGUGGCAGUCAUGGCAUGUUCCUGCAGUCAUUCGGAGUGUCGAUGCAACGUAGCGUGUUCAUGCCUUGCGGCCAUUCUUGGCAGCCUGUGAGAGCAGCGGCCACAGGCGAGUGGCCGUGA